AUGAGCGGCAUGGAUAUGUUGACGCCCGCUGAGCAGCGCGAGCUGCAAAGCCGUAUGGAACGGAAACAAAUGAAAGACUUCAUGAAUAUGUAUUCCAACCUAGUGCAGAGAUGUUUCAACGAUUGCGUGAACGACUUCACGUCAAAGAGCCUGCAGAGCAAAGAAGAAGGCUGCGUAAUGCGAUGCGUUGACAAAUUACUCAAGAGCUCGGAACGGCUAGGGGAGCGUUUCCAGGAGCAGAAUGCUCAGAUGGCACAGCAAGGUGGCAUGGGCGUGGGGAGAUGA